AUGCCCCCUCCACCGAGACCGCCGAAAAACUCGAACUCGUCAGAGACUAAGCCUGAGCCCCCGCAAAACGAUGCAAUGGCAAAGGCGAAGGAAAGGCAGGCUAGAUUCAAGGCCCUUCAGGCUCGAGCUAAAUCUGGCAAUGAGCGCAACUUGAAAGAAACCGCAGCUGAAACCCAACGUCUAUCGACAGACCCAAAUCUCGCGAACUCACUCGCCAGGAAACAUGCUUUCGCCUCCCACAACCUUCUCAAAGCCGAUACUGAAGCCGCUGGAGAGGACUUCGAGCGCAAGCGCGCUUGGGACUGGACGAUUGAUGAAUCUGAAAAAUGGGACCGACGUAUGGAAAAGAAGCAGCGCCACCGGGAUGACGUUGCUUUCCAAGACUAUACCCAGGAUGCUCGGAAGGUGUACACGCGACAGAUGCGCGAGCUGCAACCAAACCUGGAAGCCUACGAAAGGGACAAGAUGGCCGCGAUCGAGAAAGCUGCGGCCAACGGUGACCUGGAGAUUGUGGAAACGGCCGAUGGAGAGAUGAUUGCCGUGGACAAGAACGGCAGCUUCUACUCUACAGCUGACAGCAUUGGCUUCACCGAUAACAAGCCGGACCGUGCGGCGGUGGAUCGACUUGUGGGUGACCUCAAGAAGGCCGAGGAAGUACGAUUGAAGAAGCGCAAGGAACGUCGUGGCGACGAAGAGUCGGAUGUGACGUACAUCAAUGAUAAGAACAAGCAGUUUAACCAAAAGCUGGCCCGUUUCUACAACAAGUACACUACCGAGAUUCGGGACAGCUUCGAGCGCGGAACUAUGAUCUAA